AUGGUAAAGAUACGGGUGGCUUUAGCCCUGUUCAUCGCAUUCUCUUCCUCCCAUGCCCAGAACGCUCCAUUUGGCCAGACCUCCAUCCGAAAAUACACUCUUGAUGACAUCGUACCAACUACCGACAAGGCUACUGGGCAUGUGAAAUGCUGCCCUGAAGGCGCCGCAUUUGAUGGCCAGAGAUGUGUCCUUGCCGGUCCAGUUUGCCCCGAAGGUAGCACCCCCGAUGGUGACAAGUGUAUUUUCCACGCAAAGCCGUUCUGUGAGCCUGGAUAUGAAUACAAGAACACACUUUGCGUGACUGAAAAGCCUCCCGUCUGUGACACUGCAACUAUUUUGAAAGACGGUCACUGCGUUCUCGAAAGGCAGGCCGACUGUGGACCUGGAUAUCUCCUGGAGGGCAACGUCUGUGUUUCCCAGGCGCCCCCUGUCUGCCUCGACGGCGAACGAUUCAACGGAAAAUCUUGCGCCUCCAUCCAACCACCGAAAUGCCAAGAUGGCUCCAAGCUCGAAAGCGGCCUCUGCAUCGAUGAGAAGCCCCCGGGGUGUCCCAAGGGAUCCUCAUUUGACAACAAAAGCUUCCGAUGCAUUUCUGUAGGGGUUCCAAGUUGUCCGGAGAGUACGGUCCUGAAAGAUAGCCAAUGCUUCUCGACCACUCCCCCGGCAUGCCGUGGGGGCGGUACUUUCAACCGAAAGACUGGAUCAUGUACUAUUUCCGAGCAACCCCAGUGCCCUCCUGGAUCCAAGCUGGAUGACAAGAAGUGCGUCUAUGAAGGCCCAUUGGAGUGUCAGCCGGGAAUGACUCUUUCGAUCGAUAACGCUCACGGAACGUCUCGUUGCUGCCCAUCCAACAUGGCCUGGGACGGGGAGGUAUGCGUGGCCAGGCCAAUUGACGGGAAGUGUGUCGACGAUCGUCCCCCGGUCAAUGGGCUCUGCAAGAAGCACUCCAAUCCUCAACCCCGGUGUCCUGCAAAUACUACCCUCGAGGGUAGCCGGUGUGUUUUGCAACAGCCCCCCACAUGCCCUCCAGGAACCUAUCUGGAGGGCGAGCAUUGUGCUGUCGUCGGAAAGGCAGAGUGUCCGGAGGGUCUGGUCCAGGUCGGAGGGGACUGCAUAUUCCAAGGUCCUCCUACUUGUCCCGGGGGCAACAAUCUGGAAGGUGGCAAAUGUGUCAGUUAUAUUCCGCCGACAUGCGACGAACCUGCGAAAUGGGAUGGUAAACGUUGUAUCAUCAACGGUCGCGCUCAUUGUGAGCAGGGCAUUCACCAGGGCGAUUACUGCAUCACUGGAAGCCCGCCGGAAUGCAAAGAUGGCGCUACAUUUGAUGGCACCCGAUGUGUCUCGAAGGCAGUUCCUCAGUGCCCUGCUGGAUCCGUUCUCAGUGAAAUUGGCCACUGCAUUACUGGUAUUCCCCCCAAAUGUCCCCCCGACACAAAACUCCAGGACAGUAACUGCGUAUACGGUGCCGCCAAAUGCCCGUCCGGCCAGGCAUUCCUGAACGGACGCUGCGAAAGUACAGGAACUCCCCAAUGCCCACCGAACUUUGUCUGGAAGGACCGAAAAUGUGUUCACAUCGUUGAAGAGCAUUGUGAGCCUGGUUUCGUGCUUAAGGACGGCCAAUGCAUUUCUGGAGCUGCCCCUGACUGUGGAAGCUUGACGUUCAACGGAAAAGCCUGUGUCGGUCCAAAGGCCCAUUGCCCCGAGGGAACCUACCUUGAUGGCGACAACUGCUUCUCAUUGAUCGAUGCCCAUUGCCCAUCUGGUUUCAAGUUUGAUGGCAGGAAAUGCAGCUCUGAGAAGCCUCCUCAAUGCCCGCCGGAAACUACCUAUGACAAAGUCAGCCAGAAUUGCAUCUCUAUUACGAAGCCUCGCUGUCCUACCAACCAGAUUUUCAACGGAAAAUACUGUGCCGUUGUCACCGGUGCCUGCAUGGAUUUCCAGUUCUGCCCGACAGAAUCUUACGGUUCCCAGACUCAGCAGCCUAACUAUAAUGUGCCUUUCGGCCAGGUCCCUCUCGGUGGCCAGCAGUCCAUUCCUGGUACGGGCCAAGGUACUGGUACUGGCUGGGGAGGCAAUUGGAACGAACCGCCAAAUAUUGGAGCGGGUCAAGGUACUGAUACGGGCUGGGGGGCAACUGGAACGAACAGCCAAAUGUCGGCGCAGGUCGAGGUGCUGGCACUGGCUGGGGAGGCAAUUGGAACGAACAGCCAAAUGUCGGAACAUCCGCCCAAGCCAAUGGUGGCUGGGCUGAACAGCCCAUCGUGGGCUAAACGCAUGACGCGAGCCACCAAACCAAUACGGAGAUUACCUGAAGCACGACAAAUGGCCAUUUACCGGGAUUAUCUGUUGAACUGA